AUGGAUGAAGAAGGACAGAUCCCUCAGCAUCCUGUCAUCGUUCAGGGCCACCAACCCGGCGUACAAGACGAGCAGGUUAACAACAAUCCUAUCGUCCACUACCAGCCGGUCGAGGUCAAUCCUCCUCCCAAUCAGAACCACCUAGCCGUCAAUCAACCUGCGAGCCACAACCACUUAGCCGUCAAUAAUGCGGCGAACCAGAACCACCUAGCCAUCAAUCAACCCGCGAACCAACCCGCGAACCAGAACCAGCCGGUGGUCGUUGACCAACAUGAGGACCAGGCUGCCAAUCAUCAGGCCGGGGGGCACCCCUUUGACCAUCCCCCAGCCUUGUGGAUCGACUAUCUUGAGACUCUUCUGAUGUUGCUGAUUGCUGUGGCCGCAGACACGUUCCUGAUUGCUAGUCGGGAGUCACUUGGCGCUUUUGAAGCUUCUCGGGAAGCCUUCGAUAUUCUCCAAGAAGUCCAUGAGGUUUGGGUCCGGCUGGCCGCCAUCGAUGCGCCUAAAGCAGAAACGGCUUUGCCGGCACUGAUCCGCGCGUAUGAACAGUCUGCCGAAGUUUCCAACCGCGCGGUUCGGGCUUGGGAUGUGGUUACUACUCGACUGGCCGCUCCCGCGGGCGUAAACAACGCCUAUCCUGACGCCCAUCUUCUUGCUGUCCAGCAGGAUAACGGUGUACUGCCUCACGACAACUAGGCGGUU